AUUAUAAGCCAAAGUCCCCCACUCCACAAAAACUAAAAUUAACCAAAUGAUGGCUUGUGGAAGUGUCAACCUUCCUCCUGGCUUUUGCUUCUCUCCAACUGAUGAAGAACUCGUCCUUCACUUUCUCUGUUCCAAGGCUUCUCUACCAUGCCAUCCCAACAUCAUUCCAGAGCUUGACCUCUCUCUGCUUGAUCCAUGGGAAUUAAAUGGUAAGGCGUUGUCAAGUGGAAAUCAACACUAUUUCUUCACCAAAGUGAAGGAGAACAGAUCCACAGAAAAUGGGUAUUGGAAGGAAAUAGGAGUCAUGGAACCAAUAGUAUCCUCUUCUGAAAAAGUGGGGAUCAAGAAGUACCUUGUGUUCAACCUUGGUGAAGCUCCACAAGGCACUGAAACCAGUUGGGUCAUGCAAGAAUAUCAUAUUUGCUCAUCCGGGUUUAACACUACUACUGCAUCUAAUUGUGCAAGUACUCGCGGAAGACGAAAAACUGAUCAAUGUGGGAGCAAAUGGGUAUUGUGCAAAGCCUAUGAAAAGAAAAGUUGUCAAUCCCAACAAGGUGUAAAUUGUUACAGCGAUGAGGAUGACUGCGGAACUGAGCUUUCAUGGCUAGACGAAUUUUAUAUGUCGUUAGAUGAUGAUCUUGAAGAAGUUAUGAGCCUGCCUAGCUAAUUAAUUAGACUUAGAUUGAAUAAUAUGUAUUAGGAUAUUAAUUUGCAUGUUAGAAUUUUAUAAUUUACAUGUAUUUUGAAUGGAAGAUUAGUGAGUAGUCUCCAGUUAGUUACAUGCAGCACAAAGAUGUAAUGUGUACGUAUUUAAUUAAUUAAUCAUAGGUAAUAGCCUUUUUGUUGUCUCC